AUGAAUCUCAUCUUACCUGGCUCUCUUAAUCUCUCCAAACCAUCUCCCUUUCUUCGACUUCCACCGGAAAUCCGUCUCAAGAUCUACGAAUAUGCGCUGGCCGUCCCCAACGACUACAUGGACCGCCCAUUGAUUGUCGUCAACGACAAGGGCAAGUCCUUCACGGCACGAGGUCGAUAUCGCGCUCUCUCCAUGUGUCCCAGCUGGGUUGGCGAAGAUGGCACUGCGCGCAAACUCCUCGCCGUGAACCGGCUCAUCCACGACGAAGCCGAAGACUUUCUCUACUCGCGCAACACGCUCUUCUUCCUCAACUCCUUCGACCUCGACCGUAUAGGCGACUUCCUCGACACGCUCAGCGACACCGCGCGAAACCGCAUCCGCAGCGUGGGCUUUGAAGUCUUCUUCUUCGUGCACUGCGAAACGGGCGUCCCGAAACGGACACUCAAGCAGUAUGAACAGGCUGGGCGGCUGUUACAGGAGAAACUGCCGCGCUGGACGAGUGUGCAUUUCUAUCUGCAUCCGCGGUUUUACUUCCCUUCUUCGUCUGUUGGGGGGAGGGAGCUUUCUGCGCGGGGAGUGCUGUAUCUGGCGACGAGGUUUGGCAAGUUGCGCAAAGAGGUGCAUUUCUUCCCUGUGCCGGCGAUUCAUCGGUAUGUCAUGGAUGAAGCGCAAAAAGUGUUGCAGAGGGGGAGUCGGUCGACUGAGCGGGCUUUUCUCUAUAAUCAUUAA